AUGGAAUCCUCUACAGCAACCUUGAAGCCAGGGCUCACAAACCCACAACAACAUCUUUCUCCUGGCGAUCAGCCUAAUCGAGACACGACCGCUAAAGCCCCAAGAUCCUCGCAACCACCCUCGCGAUCAACGUCCAAUACUGCAGGGAAACCUUCUUACCCCAGUGCAACACAACCAGAGAGAUCCCCUACAAGAUCCGAUGUCGAUUUUGACGAGAAGAAUACAACAAGCGAGGAUGAGCGCGAUGCAGACUCUAGGACGGAAAUCCAAAGUAUUAUGGAUCAGUUCAGCCUGGCGAGCCACGGUCCUGGUCAUGAGGAAGUCAUGUCACCUAGGCUUGAAUUUGCUGGCCCACUUCUCAGUAGUCCAAUGCAGCACCCUCCAAGAAAGUCGAGUUUGGAGCCUUUGAAUCCCAGUGCAGCGAGUGCAGUUCAAGCUACGCUGCAGGCUACGUUGGAUUCAAGAAUAUCUUCAGAUUCUUCAUCGAACACACAGGGACGAAAUCAAUCCGAUGUCGGUCCUGCGAUCCCCCCAAAGCCUGGCUCAAUACACAACUUUAGUCCGCCCCGAAUGCAGGACGAUCGAUAUGCGGACAAUGCGAAGUCGCCCCCAUUGCAUAGACCUCCACCUCCUGACCCGGAACCAGAGCCGGAUCUCCCUUUCGAUUUCCAUCGUUUCUUAGAACAACUCCGGCAUAGAACAGCUGACCCGGUGGCUAAGUUCUUACGGUCCUUCCUACAAGAAUUUGGCAAAAAGCAAUGGAUGGUACAUGAGCAGGUCAAGAUCAUAAGCGACUUUCUGGCAUUCAUCACGAACAAAAUGGCCCAGUGCGAAGUUUGGCGAGAGGUCUCAGACGCAGAGUUUGACAAUGCCCGAGAAGGUAUGGAAAAGCUUGUCAUGAAUCGAUUAUAUACGCAAACCUUUUCCCCCGCAAUACCACCACCUCAGCCAAUUCCCGGAUCAAAACCAAAGCGGAAGGGAGGUGAGCGUCCAAUGGGACCUGGGAGAAGGGGGCAGCAUCAAGAAGACGUUGAACGAGACGAGAUCUUAGCACAGAAAGUUAGUAUCUAUGGUUGGAUCCGAGAAGAACACCUAGAUAUACCACCGGUUGGAGAAAGUGGCAAGCGAUUCUUAAUCUUGGCAGAGCAAGAGCUUCUCAAGAUCAAGACGUACAGGGCUCCGCGAGACAAGAUUAUUUGUGUUCUCAAUUGUUGCAAAGUUAUAUUUGGGCUUCUCAAGCAUUCCAAGGCCGACUCAUCGGCAGACUCCUUUAUGCCCUUGUUGAUUUAUGUCGUUCUCCAAGCGAACCCCGAGCAUCUCGUAUCAAAUGUUCAAUACAUUCUGAGAUUUAGAAAUCAAGAAAAGCUAGGCGGGGAGGCUGGUUAUUACCUCUCAUCGCUGUUGGGAGCUGUGCAGUUUAUUGAGAAUUUAGAUCGAACCACUCUGACUAUAUCUGAUGAAGAAUUCGAGCAGAACGUCGAAGCCGCAGUUUCUGCCAUUGCUGAAAAGCACCAAGCAGAAAAUGAAGCACCUGCACCGCCACACUUAUCGGAGAAAGCAGCUCCUAGCCAGCCUGAAGUAAUACCGCGGCUCUCUGUGGAAGCCGAAUCUUCAGUACCCCGAAAGUCGACCUCGUCGAACGAAUAUGACAGUGGUGACGGAGGGGAUGACAAGGCAGCGAUGUCUAGUCUUCUUCGAACAAUUCAGCGGCCCCUGUCCUCUAUUGGACGUAUUUUCUCGGAAGAAACCAGCUCAUCUCAAGGCGGGCCCGCACGAACUCCUUUGCCAGGAAAUACGCCACGAGUGAGCCCAUCUCCCCGGAUAAGCACAGACCGUCCCCGAAGCCCUCAGCGGCCAAGCAAUGUGCUUGAAAGCAACGUUCGCAACAGACUAACAGCGGAAGAUUCAGCAGCACGCCAGGCAAGCGCCGAGGUGGCGGAAGCCCAACGGAUCCAGCGAGCCGAACACACAAAUGUAGUCGAGACCCUUGCUGGAAUGUUCCCUGAUUUGGACAAGGAAGUCAUUAGUGAUGUGGUGACCCAAAAAGAAGGACGAGUUGGCCUUGCAGUAGAUGCAUGUCUUGCACUCAGCUCUUAG